AUGAUACAUUUUGUCAAAUCUUCUUUCUCUAUUUCAUUACUUCUUGUCCAAAAACAUAUCCUUUGUCUUUCAGUGGAGAGAGAGAGCAUCACCCUGUCUGAGGUCAGACUCGUCCUGAUUGGUGAAAGAUGGGCGGGCAAGAGCUCCUCUGGCAACACCAUACUGAGAAAUGACAGGUUUGAGUGUGGCCGAACCAGAACGGCUCAGUCUGAAAUGAGGCAUGAAGUGGUCGAGGGCAGGGAGCUCAUCGUGGUCGAUGUUCCAGGAUGGAGCAGCUCCCUCUCCCUCUCUGAGAUCCCAGAGGGGGACAAGCAACGAUUUAAACUCAACGCAUCCAAAUGUCCGCCCGGACCAAAUACUUUUCUCCUUGUUAUUCCCAUUGACACUGCUUUUUCUGCGAUGACGAAGAAGACCGUGGAGGAGCACAUGAAGCUACUGGGAGAGCGGGUUUGGAAACACACCAUGGUGCUGUUCACCUGUGGGAAUUACCUGGGGGGGAAGACCAUAGAGCAGCACAUAGAGAGUGAAGGAGAGUCACUCAUGUGGUUAAUAGAAAGAUGCAAGAACAGGUACCAUGUGUUUGAGAACAAGGAUAAGAGUAGUUUAUCUCAGGUGACACGGCUGCUGGAGAAGGUAGAUGAGAUGGUGUGGCAAAACAAAGGCAGGUUCUACGAGGUAGACGAGCAGACCUUAAACAUCAUUGAAAAGAAACAUCGAGAAGUGGCUGAAAGGGCAAAACAGAGAGAGAGGCGGUCCGAAGAACAAAGACAACAGAUGAGAGCACUCAUUGCAGAAGAGAUGAAAACCAUCCCUAAACUCCGGAUGGUUCUCUUGGGAAGCCGAGGCGUUGGGAAAACCUCAGUAGGGAACACCAUUUUGGGAAUCAAAGUGCAAGAAGAUGGAAAAAGAACGGCACACUCGGUGGGCCGACAGGGUUUUGUGGGUGAAACUGAAAUAACCCUUGUUGACACUCCAGGUUGGUGGAAAGGCUUCCCUGAGUGUGACACCCCUGAAGCGAUCAAAGAAGAAGUGAUACGCAGCCCGUCCCUGUGCCUCCCUGGGCCUCAGGUCUUCCUGCUGGUGAUAGACGCAGAUGCAUCCUUCAAUGGAAAACACUUAGAUGCCGUGACAUCACACAUGGAGCUCCUCGGAGAAGAAGUGUGGAGACACACUAUUGUAGUUUUCACCAGAGGAGACUGGCUGGGAACACACACCAUAGAAGAGUAUAUCGAAGGGGAGGGAGAGGCGUUGCAGUCGCUGGUUGAACAAUGUGGAAACAGAUAUCAUGUCAUUGAUAACAAGAAUACAGAUGAUGGUACCCAAAUCACAGAGCUCCUGAAAAAAAUCACUGAGACCUUGGCUGGAAAUGGUUGUGACCAUUUUGUCCCAGAUGAGAAGAUAUUUGAUGCCAUUGAAGAGAAGAGAAUGAAAGUGAAAGAAGGAGCAAAACUGAGGCAAAGUCAAGUUGAGGCCCAAAGAAGAUUGCGCAAAGAAUCCAGUAAAGAAUUACAUGCGCUGACUUUUCUGAUGCUUGGUCAGAAGACAUUUGGAAAGAGCGCAACAGGAAAUACCCUCCUACGUAGAGAAGUGUUUCCCACCUGUCAGAAUGAGUUCUGUCAGGUGGAGCAAGGGGAAGUUGAUGGCAGAGCGGUCACAGUGGUCGACACCCCGGGGUGGUGGAAGGAUCCCUCCAAAUCCACAGAAGAGAUGGACAAAGAAAUAGUCCGAGGUCUGACUCUGAGCCCAUCAGGCUUUCAUGCUGUUCUGCUGGUUGUCCCUUUGGACCUGACGUUCAGAGAAGCUCAGCGGGCCGCCCUGGAGGAACAGAUGAAGCUCCUUGAUGUCAGCGUCUGGAAACACACCAUGGUGCUAUUCACAUACGGAGACAAACUAGAAGAUAAAUCCAUUGAGGAGCACAUUGAGAGCGAGCACAAGGCGCUACGCUGGUUAAUAGACAAGUGUGAGAACAGAUACCACGUUGUGAACAACUUGAAAAAAAGUGAUAUGAGCCAAGUUACUCAGCUGUUUGAGAAGGUAGAGGAGAUGGUGGCAGGAAACAGCCGACAGCUCUUCUGUCCUGAGAUGAGCCAAAUCUACUUAAACAUAGAUGACAAAUUCAAGAGGAUGCAGCUAAAAAAUGUGCUGAAGCAGCGACUAGCUGAGGAGUACAAGAGGAGAGAGCUGGAGAUGAUGACAAGCUUCAAGAAAACACUCCUAGAGCUGCAAGCUCAGAUCGGAGACAGUGCAACAGGCACUAAAUCGAAGUCGCUGAUUGGUGACAGGACCAAACUCAAAGUCAAGGGGAUUGGUCAGAAGAAGAAAGAUGGAAAGGACAAGGAGGAAAACAUAAACUCAAAGAUCAGUCAGGAAAUUGAAAGGCUGAAUAACGACAUCAAAAAUAAAUCGGCAGAUCUUCGCCUGAGCAGCCUCGACUACCUGUUCCCAACCUUUAAAGGAGAGUCUUCGACAGACAGGAAAACCUCCUCCAGCCAAUUUGAGGACGUCCUAGGUUGGCUGGCAUCAGUUGAGAUUGGCACAAAUGAGGAGAACCAGUUCACCCUCAACUUCUCUCAGACGUCCGGAUACAGAUCUGUGGUGCCGCACAACUGCUUGGAGUUUGACACAGAAGAAUACCCCUGAAUGUUUUAUGUGAUUAUUUUAGGUUUCAUUUUUUACACAGAUUGAUUGACUUACUGUUUAUACUAGUAAUACGUUAUAUAUAUAUUUAUAUAUUUGUACAAUAUAACAAAUGCACCUUACAAUUAAACAUUCUUAUCAUUAGACUGCACCCUAUUUGCUAUAGUCCGUCUUGGUGAUUCAUAAACGCCUGUCUUCACAACAUUACAUCUAGUUAUAUGAUGAGCUAGACUAUUGUGAUGGACAAAUGUGUCCAAAACUUUAUUUUGGCACAAUAAAGUAAUGUAUUGUGAAGGGCUGGCAAUAUUUAAACUGUAUGACUAUAUUUGUAUUCCAGUUACAGAAUUCCUCCACAGAGAUGAUAAACUUCAGCACUCAAUGUAAUUUUUCUCCUGUAUUUUGAAAACAAACAUUAAAUCUUUGGCAUGUAUUGCCACAUGGUGAUUGCAA